GAGCACUUGAACAUUUGGGAUGAUGAAUAAAACACCAGGCAACAGAUAAUGUUUUGGAAGAAGGGGGCCUCAUUUUUCUGCUUUCGUGCAAUGCUCUCGGCCCCUCGCACUGAUCAGUGGCUCCUCGAAUCAGCCAGCCUCGCUUUCGUUCCACUUCCUGGUUUUCGUUAACCACCAUCUCUACUACCACAAUCUGUGAUUUCAUUCUGCUAUUGUACAAGUCAAUGCACAAAAUUUCGAUUUGAACUAUACCAGAAGUUAAACCUUGUAACACGAUGGCAACGAAUGCAACAAAGAAACUGAUAAAUGAUCCAUCAAACACUGUAAACGAAGCGCUAGAAGGGUUUGUUAUGGUGAAUCCAAAUGUGGCACUAAUUCAGGAACAUAAAGUUGUAAUAAGAAAAGAUGUCAAGAUGUUACAGGAGGCAGGUAAGGUUUGCCUUAUUUCUGGAGGUGGAAGUGGGCAUGAGCCUGCACACGUGGGGUAUAUAGGUGAGGGUAUGUUGACUGCAGUUGUAUGUGGUGAUGUAUUUGCCUCACCUCCUUCAUCAGCUGUUCUGGCUGCUAUCAGAGCGUGUAAUUCGACUGCCGGGGUUUUACUCAUUGUCAAGAACUACACAGGAGAUAGACUUCAUUUUGGUAAAGCAGCAGAAAGAGCGAAAGCAGAGGGAAUACGCGUUGAGAUGGUUGUUGUUGGAGAAGACUGUGCAAUAGCAAGUGACAACAAAAGUGCUGGAAGGAGAGGUUUAUGUGGUAUAGUUUUCAUACACAAGAUUGCUGGUGCUAUGGCGGAAUCUGGAAAAACACUUGAUGAUAUAGUUAAUGUCGUCAGUGAAGUAGCAAGGAACAUGGGUACAAUCAGCAUAAGUUUGUCACCAUGCAGUUUGCCAGGCCAGUCACCCAACUUUGAAAUUUCAUCUGAUGGCAUUGAAUUUGGUCUUGGGAUUCAUGGUGAACCUGGUGUGAAAAAAAUGAAACUGACUCCUGCAAAAGCAAUUGUUAAAGAAAUGGUUGACUAUUUGCUCGGCAGUGAGUACAUGCCAAAGCUUGAUGGCAAGAAUGUUGCUGUCAUUUUAAACAAUUUAGGUGGAACAUCCAACUUAGAGAUGAGUCUUGUGGCUGGAGAGGUUUUGAAAUACUUACGGUCUAUUGGCUUGUUUGUUGAUCGGUUCUAUGUUGGAGCAUUCAUGACAUCAUUAGAAAUGGCAGGAGUGUCAAUCACAGUGCUAGCAUCUUCAAAGAGUACAGUUGCUUGGUUGGAUGAGAAAUGCAGCAGUGCUUGGUGUCAUAGUGGACAUCUACCUGAACCUCAUGAAUGUUUUGUGGCAAACCCACUUGAUGAUAACCUUCUUAAGGAGGGGUCAGAAGUUCAAUCAUCUACUGGAAAAUUGCUUUUUAGUUGUUUAAAGAAUGUCUGCACAAGGCUUCUUGAAAAUGAGCAAUACUUAAAUGAAUUGGAUAGGGCUGCAGGUGAUGGUGAUUGUGGUACAACUCUUGCAAGAGGCUCAACAGUUAUAAUGGAACACUUAGGCACUGUCCAGUCAUCACUUUUACCACUGGAUGACCCUUCAAAGCUAACUUUGUCACUUGCCACACUGCUUGAGAAUUCAAUGGGUGGCUCCUCUGGUGCAAUUUUUAGCUUGUUUCUGACAGCAUUGGCAAAAGGCUUGAAAGAACACAGUCAGGCAGCAUUGACCCAAGCACUAUCUCAUGGCAUUGAAACUGUAAAAGAAUAUGGUGGUGCAGUGGAGGGUGACAGAACACUGUUAGAUGCACUUUGCCCUGCUAUAAAGGCCUUUGGUGCUCAAGAAACUGCUGUGCAAGCUGCUAAGAGUGCUGCUGCAGCUGCGAUGAAAGGUGCCCAGAAUACAAUACCUAUGGCAGCCAAUGCAGGAAGAUCUAGCUAUGUGUGCUCCACUAAUUUGACAGUGCCAGAUCCGGGAGCCAUGGCUGUAGCCUUAGUGUUUGAUGCAAUAGCAAAAACAGUUUCAAUGUAGCUUUUGAUCUUUAACUAAGCUAAAAUAUGGAUGCAUAUUAUAUUAUACUUGUAUGUGGAAAUACAUUAAAGUGAAUUUAUAGUGUUAACGAUUUGUAACAGAUUUAUCUAUUACUGAUGAUAUUUUAAAACCUCUUUGUGAUUCUAUAAGACAAAAAUGAAUUGACUUAUGUCAACAAGAGUUUCAUAUGAUUGUUUGA